UGUGAAAGCACGUUUGUUUAUGAAGGUGACUUUUUUAAGUCGAUCCUGCACCCAACACUAUUUGCGAAGUGUUUUCUACACUACCACAAAAAUAAAAUCUUCUAAAUUAAUAUUAUAUUUGUCUAAUAUUAAAGAAACUAUAGUGCGUAAACACAUAACUAACAACUAGCAAACCUUAUAAAGUAUAUAAAGUACAUAUGUAUAUUUGUAUACAAAUGAUGCGAUUUAGUAUUGUCCGGCUGUCUAAUCGGCUGUUUAUAUGCGAACUAGUCCUGAAGUUCUUGUUAUUUAUUCGAAAUUUUACACAAGUCCUUUUCUUUCCAAGAAGCUACUCAUCUGUCGGAAGCGCCGAUAUCGGACUACUAAAGAAUUUAGCUGCCUUACAAACUGACUUCUCAAAAUAGUAGUUUUUUGUAUCAUUUUUUUUUUUACUUGACAAGGUAUUUUCACGAAACUUGGCAUAGAUUAUUCUCCAAAGCAGCGUUGAUUUACAAUAGGUUUUAAAAUUACCUUCUAAACACUCACGAAGACUUCGUUUACCCAACACACAUUUUGUUCUUGUUCGUUUGAAUUAUUUUAUAAAUUCUUUGCAUAUAAUAAGUAAACAAAGACAAAAAUUUGCUAAUGAGAAAUAAUUAUGAUUUAGAUGGGGCAUAUAAGAAUUUGCGAAUUUAAAAUGAAAGAGGAGGCAGAAAGAAUGCAAUGGCCAACCAGAGAAUUUCACGAAAACGAGCAAAAGUAUUUAUUACAUAUCCUUGAAGAAGCCAAAUCCAGAAUUAAUUAUAUUUAAAAAGGAUUGUAGACAAACGAUUGCACUUAUUGAAAUAAACGAAUUUAACGCGUUGGUGGCCAAAUAACAUAAUCUUGGAAUACCUGUAACGUUUUCGUAUUUUUGUUACAUCUUCCCAAUAAUCUAUAAAACCUGGAAACUAACAAGUUUUUAUUAAAUAAAAAAAACAAACAAACACUUUUCAAUGUUAUUUUCACCACAGUCAUCAAUUCUGACACAAUCAGCUGUAGCAGCCAACAUCGCUGGCUUUAUCUUGAUGGGAAUAACAUUCUAAAAACAUCUGAAGAACAUUUUAAUAUCAUAACAAAAAGUUUAAGCAUUUAACAAGUGAAGAGAAAACAAUUAUUUAAAUAUAUAAACUAAUGUGUAGCACAUAUUGGUGUCUAUUAGUGGCAUUUGCGUAUAUGUAAGUAGUGCUCCACAAAAAUAGUUUGACGUAUAUACAAAACCCCUAGAGGUUGAGAAUGCAGUGGCGGCAGGUGGAAAUUUUCGAUUUGUUAUCCAUGUACAGAGAAUCUGAGUGCCUAUGGAACGGUCUAAACCCUGAAUAUAAAGACAUGGACUUGAAGAAAAAUGCAUGGAGGGAAAUCGCUACAUUCUUCGGAAGAAAAGUGGAGGAUGUAAAGAAGAAAAUAAAACAUUUGCGUACUAGUUACCUUUUAGAGAAAAAGAAAGUUGAAAGAAAGAACACCGAAUCCGGAGAUUCUAGAUAUGAGCCGCGUUUAUUCUACUAUGAUGAAAUGACCUUUUUGGACCCCGUCGUAAUUUUUCGAUUUAUUAAGCCUACAGAACAAAAUGGAGAUCCCAUAAGUGAAAUAAAACAGGAGAGCUCUACAAACGAUGGACCUAUGAUAGCUGAAAAGGUAAUUCUAUUUGCUAAAAACAUCAAACUAUUUAGUAAAUCUCAGACGGAGCGAUCACAUUCGGAACUUUCUCCUACAAAAAGACUGCGUGAUAUAAGCGAUGUAGACUCAGAUAAUGAACUAGAAGACGAAUUAGAAGCGCAAGAGCAUUUAAGUAAGGAAGAUACUUUUUGUGCAAUGCUUUGCAGUGAACUUAAAUCACUUAAAUCGGAAGAUAUAUAUGACAAUGUGACAUCUGAAAUUUUUACUAUUCUAAGGAAAGCUAAAAUGGCAGAACGUCAAAAAAUAUACCAAACCGAAGAGAAUAGCAGAGUAGCUAGUAUAAAGAUGUGAAGGUACGCCUUUUCUAAUUCACCACAAUAAAAGUUGCGCUCGCGUAUCGGAAGAAGGAAUUUUUAAGAGCAUUUGAGGAAUAUACCAUUACCACAACUAUAAUAAUAAUUUUAAAGUCAUUGUAAAUAUUUAUACUUACAUAUAUACAUACAUGCAUACAGACAUUGACAACUAAUUAGAAACGCUCCCUUUAUUGUAGGUGGUUGAUGAUGGCUUAUAUUCCUAAAACUCUUGGUGGUGUUUUUGGUUUUACUCCAUUUACUACUAAAUUCACGCUGUUUUGUAGUUGUGAAGUUAAAGUUCUUUUAAUUUUAAUUUAAUUUGUAGCUUAACAGCUAAUUAGAAACAUUUGUUUAAGGAAUUAAAAUUCCUUAAGGUGUUAAUUUUUGUUAAUAAUAUUAUUGAUUUCUGGUAAGGGUGUGUUUCAAAGUUGUGGUUUAAAAUAUAAAAAAAUGUAUUAUUGAAGUUUUUUAAUGAGGAAUGACCUUCGUCGGUCUGGAAAGAUAUGCAAAGAAAUUUCGAAGAAGGUCAAAUGCUCAAAAAAAUUUUGUUUGAAUGUCCUUAAGCAUAUACAGAAUUUUAAAGCUAUUUUUAAUAUUGCACGCAAAGAAAAAAUCCGAAAAACUUCAACAGAAAUAUACCGCAGAAUUAACACUAUCUCUUGAAGAUACCCAAAAAUAGAGUUCCACUGACAUUCUACGUGAAAUUCAAGAUGAUUAUAAUGGCUAACUAUUCAAGAAAACAAUUUCCCGGUGUUUGGUCUUAUCUGGACUUCACGGCGGAGAAGCACGCAGGAACCCACUUCGAACUAAAAUUCGUAGAAACGACGCGUAGGCUUUGCCAACCCUUAUUGGUCUAAGACAACAAAUCAACGGAGGUAUAUCCUUUGGAACGAUGUAACCAAAAUUAAUCGCUUAGUUCCGGAUGGUCGAAGGUAUAUUCGCCGUCCAAUAAUUCAAUAAUUUGAUCCUCGCUAUAUUCCACGCGUAGUUGAGUAUGAUGGAGGAUCAAUCAUGGUGUGGGAAUGUUUUAUCUGGAAUGGUGUUGGUCCACUUCAUAAGAUUAAUGGAAUUUUAAAUAAGGAGAAAUGCGUCGACAUCCUAAAAAAUGUCAUGUUGCCAUUGGCUGAGGAAAAUUUGCCUUCCUUGUUAUAAGGAAGAUGACAAUUCAAAGCAUACGUCUAAGUUGACACAAUCGUCCAGCGCAGACUUAAAUCCUAUAGAACAUAUCUGGGAGAUGGUUAAAGAGCCAUAUACACCAAAAAUAUCCCAAGUAUGGAUGUUUGUGAUGAAAUUAAAACGGCCUGGCAAGCUACACCAUUGCUGCGCUAUCAGAGUCUUAUAACGUAAAUUUAGAAUCGAUGUGAAGCAAUAUUACUAUCAGGGUUUAAGUUUAACAUAGGUUUCAAUAAAAUAAGUGAAAAUACAAUAAAUAUACGUGAUUGGGAAAAUAACAUUAUUUAAUUCAAAAUAGGUGUCGUUUCUAAUUAGCUGUCAACGGCUGUACGGAUGCGCAAAAUAAGAAAGCUUGAUAUAAUAUGUAUAUGAUAACGUCCUUUUUUCAUUCAGAAUUAACAUUUUAUUUCUGUAUGGUUUAAUAAAGUGUUCAUUUGUGCGUAAUAAAAAAAAUUCUAUACAUUUCA